AAAAGAUGUGAACGUUGGCGAUUAAAAUUAGCUGAAUAUCGGUUUAAGGUGAAACACAUACAAGCAAUAGAAAAAUGGGACAAAUAUCUUCGUGGCCAUGAAUUUAUAUUAGAAACUGAUCAUGAACCGUUAGUUCAUUUUACAAACAAAGAACAAUUAAAUAAAAGAUGUGAACGAUGGCGAUUAAAAUUAGCUGAAUAUCGAUUUAAGGUGAAACACAUACAAGGCAAGAAAAACAAUAUGGCAGAUUAUCUUUCAAGAUCACCAGUCGAAAUAGCUGAAGAAGAUAUUGAAGAACGAACUCAAUAUGAAUCUGCAUCAACACAAACAGAUUUAUCAUUUUCAUCAUUAAAUAAAAAUUUAAUUCCAUUAAAAAUAACAACAGCAGUUACUAGAGCUCAAGCCAAGUUACAACAACAAGCAAUGGCAACACCAUCUAUUAAACCAACAAAUGAAAAAAUUAAUGAGCUCAUCCC